AGAUACUUACAGGAGCAGUUAGGGUUAAUUAAGUGCCUUGCUGAAGGGCACAGUGACAGAUUUUUCACCUAGUCGACUCAGGGAUUCAAACCAGUGACUUUUCAGUUUCUGGGCCAAUGCUCUUAACCGCUAGGCUACCUACUUCUGUUCCUGUCUGCUUUUUCCAGAGUAACACCAAUCGUGCUUUUAUGGAGGUGUAGGUUAAAGUUGAACAGCAUUGUAAUAGUUACACAUUGAGAGCUAUUGCCUAGAUGGUGCUAUGUACUGCUCAACUUACUGAGAGGACCGUGACAAAGCCACUGUCAACCAGUCUGUUCCAGAGGCCUGAGAGACACCAAGAAAGAUGGUCCAUAAGUCCAUAGUGGUGGGUCUGGUGGUGCUGCUGGUGGCAGCCGUGAGCACUUUUGUGGGAGUUUUCUGUGGUUUGGGGAGUAGGAGGUCCUCGAAUGACCAUUCCUACUCAAGGGCUGCCGUGGCAGCCGAUGCUGGCCAAUGCUCAGAAAUCGGCAGAGACACGUUGCAGAAAGGGGGCUCUGCAGUGGAUGCAUCUAUUGCUGUCUUGCUGUGUGUUGGGCUGGUGAAUGCCCACAGCAUGGGCAUUGGAGGAGGUCUCUUCUUCACCAUCUAUAAUGCCACAACUGGAAAGGUAGAGACCAUUGAUUCCAGAGAGACGGCUCCCGCCAACGCAACAGAGGACAUGUUUGGGAAUAGCACCCAGUUAGCCAAGAAGGGAGGGUUGUCCAUCGCCAUACCAGGGGAGAUCCGUGGGUAUGAGAUGGCACACAAACGCCAUGGAAAAUUGCCAUGGAGAGAGCUUUUCCAGCCUGCAAUCCAGUUGGCACGGAAAGGCUUUCCUUUGGGCAGGGCAUUGGCCACCGCUAUUUCCAAGAACAGGGAAACCAUCAUCUGUGACACAGCUUUAUGUGAGGUGUUUUGUGACAAAAACGGUAGCAUCCUUAAGGAAAAUGACACCAUCACCUUUCCUAAACUCGCUGACACCUAUGAAAUAAUAGCAAAUGAGGGACCUAAUGCUUUUUACGAAGGGCCGCUGGCAGAGAACCUUGUGAAGGACAUUCAGGCUUCAAAUGGUAUCAUCACACUGGAUGACCUAAAGAAAUACAAGCCUUUUUUGGAUGAGAAUCCUCUCAAUGCUACUGUGGGGGAGUACACCAUGUUUGUACCCAACGCCCCCGCCAGUGGCCCUGUCCUGUCCCUCAUACUCAACAUCCUGGAUGGAUACAACUUCACCUCAGACAGUGUCUCCAGCACUGAGAAGAAGAUCCUCACGUACCACCGCAUGGUCGAGGCCUUCCGUUUCGCCUAUGCCAAGCGAAGCAUGCUGGGAGAUCCACAAUUCCUCUGCAUCUCUGAUCUCAUCCACAACAUGACCUCAGAUUACUUUGCCGAUGCCCUCCGUCAGAAGAUUACAGAUGAUACCACCCAUCCCAUGAACUACUAUGAGCCGGAGUACUUUGUCCCCGAGAACCAUGGGACAGCACAUCUGUCUGUGGUGGCAGAGGACGGGAGUGCAGUGGCAGCCACCAGCACCAUAAACCAUUUGUUUGGCUCCAAAGUCAUGUCGCAUUCUACAGGAAUCCUCCUCAACAAUGAGAUGGAUGACUUCAGCUCCCCCCUCAUCACGAAUGGAUAUGGAGUGCCUCCUUCACCAAACAACUUCAUCAGACCAGGUAAGAGGCCCUUGUCCUCUAUGUGUCCAGUCAUUCUCUUUGACAAGGGGAGCAAGGAAGUCAAGAUGGUGGUGGGGGGCUCAGGAGGAACAAAGAUCACCACGGCAACUGCCACGGUGAUUCUCAAUGCGCUGUUCUUUAACCAAGACCUGAAGAAAGCUGUGGCAGAUCCCAGAAUCCACAACCAGCUGAGUCCCAACACCACACUGGGAGAGCCCGGGUUUGACGAGAGGGUGAUGGAUGGUCUGGCCUUGAAGAACCAUGAGACAGAGUUCCUGACAGCCACAGGUGCUGUGGUUCAGGCAGUGGUGCGCCAGGGGGACCGGCUUCAUGCUGAAUCUGACCCCAGGAAGUGGGGCUAUACCGCUGGGUACUGAGACCAACCACACGAGCCCGCUUCUAGGGCUGGGAAUUGCCAGGGACCUCACAAUACGAUAUCACGAUACUUAGGUGCCGAUAUAUGUAUACGAUUCCCACAAUUAUAUAUUUAUUGUGAUUCGAUACUGCAAUUUUAUGUUCCAAACAUAUUGCUCACGAUAUGUCUACUGCAGAGAGACAAAAGACACCAUGAGAAAAUGAGUUUUAAUCAGUCAUGGAAAUAAAAAGUGCUGAAACCAUGUCAGCUCACUAUUUAAAAAGAUGGAGAACAACCUAUAAGAUUAAAAAUACCAGAGUUUUGGCACAGGUAAGCCGACUAGCUCUAGCUAAAGCUCCCUAAUUUUUCCCAAAUCAAUACUUGGAGUCAAAGUAUCAAUAUAACAUUGUCCAAAAUAAUAGCGAUAUGUAACUGUACAGAUUUUUUCCACCAUCAUUACCUGCUCCCUCAAACUGAGACCCAUACAGACAUCCCAGUUUACACAUACUGAGACCCAUACACACAGCCAUGCUUCCACAGACAGGCUGGCUGACUAGGCAUCCGAUUCAGAUGAAAACCACCUCCCACAGACUAUAUUACAAACCAACAGAAACGUACACACAUUCCUCUCCUCAUCUCGGUAAUGACCUACAACCUAUGACCUUAGUCCUCUCUGGUAAACCAGGUCCACCUUUCAUUGGUGUCAUAAUGUGGAGAGAAACUACCCUCCAACGUCUCCUCUCUUAUCCUGUCUUUGAUGACCAAGUAUACCUCAGUCUGAUAUACAGAAAUAGAGCAAUUCAUUAUCCACAGUUCUCCUCCACUUCACUUUAAUUUGAUUAUUAUUCGCUACUGUCUGUACCAUCUCAAUAUUUCAUAUUCCAAUUAACAGUGCCAUCUCUAUAUUCAUGUUUGUCUUUCAUCGGUCAGAAUAGGAAAGGUAACGACUGGUGCUUUUAUUUUGAGAUUAUUAUCAUCAUCAGAGUUUGCCUAAUAUAUAUAUCAUUUGUGUUGCUUUUGAGAAGACUUGCUAUUAGUUCAAGAUCAAUCAUUUACAAUAUAUAUCCAUAGAACAGUUUAAGGAUGUAAUGUUCACAAGACUACAACAAUUUGAUCAGCAUUGACCAACAAUGAAAACACAGGUAAUCAGACAGAGUUUCAAAGAGUAAAAGAGGGCUUACUUCAGGGUGUAAUUGUUCUCACAUGUGAACAUGUAAACAUAUUUAUUGAUGAUCAUCUCGUAAGGUGUUCCAUUGUCACGCCCUGACCUAUUAGAGCUGUUUUUCUCUGUUUAGUUAGGUCAGGGUGUGAUAUGGGGUGGGCAUUCUAUGUGUUGUGUUUCUAUGUUUUGGCCGGGUAUGGUUUCCAAUCAGAGGCAGCUGUCUAUCGUUGUCUCUGAUUGGGAGCCAUACUUAGGCAGCCUUUUUCCACCUGGUUUGUGUGGGUAGUUGUUUUCUGUUUCGUGUAUGUCACCUGACAGAACUGUUGGCUGUCAUUUUGUUUCUUUGUCAAAGUGUUUCGUUUUCAUUAAAUAUAAUUAUGAGCACUCAA